GUGGGCGGGGCCGAGGGAGCCGGACUCGGGGCUCCCUCAGCAGCGGGCCCGCGGUCCGUCGUGUUGCUUUUCCGGGAAAGAAUCCGGAGCGUGAUGGAGCUGCUCGGCCGGGUCGCGCCGCGGUGGAGGCUCCUCUGGGCCGUGGCGGCGGCGGCGGCGCUGGCCCUGGCGUCUCUGUUAUUAGUGGGUGUCACCCUGGCUGUCGCGGAUGAAGAAGGUACUCAGGAGGAAUCCUUUGAAUCAAAGACAGCCUUGUCUUCUGAAGAACAGGUGAAAGACCAUUCCACAAGAACUCAAGUUGUUGCUGGUCAAAUCUUCAUUGACUCUGAGGAAGCAGAGACUCAUGCUGAAAAUGGAGAGAGCUUCAGGAACCAAGAGGAGGAGAGAACUUUGGAGGAUUUAAGUCCUCUAGAACCGACAACCCUCUUGAAUCAGGACUUAGAAGAGGUAGAAACACAAAAAACAGUUUUGACAGCCAUUGCAGGAACUGCAGAUGGUGAACCAUGCCACUUCCCUUUUCUUUUUCUGGAGAAGGAAUACUCAGAAUGUACCGCAGAUGGGAGGGAAGAUGGCAGGCUCUGGUGUGCGACAACCUAUGAUUACAAGAGUGAUCAAAAGUGGGGCUUCUGCGAAACUGAAGAGCAGUCUAACAAGAGAAGGCAAAUGCAAGAGGCAGAAGAUGUUUACCAAACUGGGAUGAAAAUCCUCAAUGAGAGCAGUAAAAAGGCCCAAAGGAAAGAAGCCUAUAAAUAUCUCCUGAGAGCAGCUGACAUGAAUCAUACCAAGGCAAUGGAAAAAGUGUCUUAUGCUAUGUUGUUUGGGGACUAUCUGAAGCAAAAUAUUCAGUCAGCUAAAGAGCUUUUUGAGAAACUGACUGAAGAAGGAUCUCCUAAAGGGCAAACUGCCCUUGGAUUUCUCUAUGCGUCUGGGCUUGGUGUUGAUUCCAACCAGGCUAAGGCACUGGUUUAUUAUACUUUCGGAGCUCUUGGAGGAAAUUUGAUAGCUCAUAUGAUUUUGGGCUACCGGUACUGGGCUGGGAUAGGAGUUCUUCAGAGCUGCGAAUCUGCACUCACACAUUACCGUCUAGUCGCCAACCAUGUGGCUAGUGACAUCUCACUCACAGGAGGCACAGUGGUACAGAGAAUUCGUCUGCCAGAUGAAGUAGAAAACCCUGGGAUGGCAAGUGGGAUGCUAGAGGAAGAUUUGAUACAGUAUUACCAAUUUCUGGCAGAAAAAGGAGACGUCCAAGCCCAGGUUGGGCUUGGGCAGUUGCAUCUACAUGGAGGAAGGGGAGUAGAGCAAAAUCAUCAGAGAGCUUUUGAAUACUUCAGUCAAGCGGCCAAUGCAGGCAACUCACAUGCAAUGGCAUUUUUGGGGAAGAUGUAUUCAGAAGGAAGUGAUAUCGUACCUCAAAGCAAUGAAACCGCUCUUCAGUACUUCAAGAAAGCUGCUGAUAUGGGUAAUCCAGUAGGGCAGAGUGGUCUAGGAAUGGCUUAUCUAUAUGGAAGAGGUGUUCAAGUGAAUUAUGAGCUGGCACUGAAAUAUUUCCAGAAGGCAGCUGAACAAGGAUGGGUGGAUGGACAGCUUCAGUUGGGCUCCAUGUAUUACAAUGGCAUUGGAGUGGAGAAGGAUUAUAAGCAGGCCUAUAAGUAUUUUAAUCUGGCUUCUCAAGGAGGCCACAUUCUGGCCUUCUAUAACCUGGCACAAAUGCAUGCUACUGCCACUGGCGUAAUGCGCUCUUGUCAUACGGCUGUUGAGCUCUUUAAGAACGUAUGUGAACGGGGACGUUGGUCUGAGAGGCUUAUGACUGCGUACAAUAGCUAUAAAGAUGGUGACACAAAUUCUGCUGUUGUGCAGUAUCUCCUGCUGGCAGAGCAAGGCUAUGAAGUUGCACAAAGCAAUGCUGCUUUCAUUCUUGAUCAGAAAGAGGCCAGCAUAAUAGAAGAGAAUGAGACUUAUCCUAGAGCACUGCUGCACUGGAACAGAGCUGCAUCUCAAGGUUACACUGUUGCCAGACUGAAACUUGGUGAUUAUCAUUUCUAUGGUUUUGGCACCGAAGUUGAUUAUGAAACAGCAUUUAUUCACUACCGCCUGGCAACCGAGCAACAGCACAGCGCCCAGGCCAUGUUCAACUUAGGAUAUAUGCAUGAAAAAGGGCUUGGCAUCAAGCAGGAUAUUCAUCUUGCAAAACGCUUUUAUGACAUGGCAGCUGAUGCAAGUCCCGAUGCUCAAGUUCCUGUCUUCCUUGCCCUCUGCAAACUAGGCAUCAUUUAUGCCUUCCAGUAUAUGCGUGAAACCAAUAUCAAAGAAGUAUUCUCACAUCUUGACAUGGACCAGCUUUUAGGACCUGAAUGGGACCUUUACCUGAUGACCAUCAUUGCUUUGCUUUUGGGCACAGUUAUAGCUUACAGGCAGAGGCAGCAUCAGGCCAUCCCCAGGCCUGCGGGGCCACGGCCAGCUGUGCCUCCCCAAGAACCUCCCCCAGAACAUCAGCCGCCACAAUAGCAGAAGCAUGAGUCUCAAGGAAGAGAACUGGAUUUUCCAGCUGGAACUGCUUGUGUGAUUUUAGGACACCCUAUCAAACGGCCACAUCUGCAAGAAAGACGCAAAACCGCGUUGCAUUCUGAAAGCCGUGUAAGACUAUGCCUUUUUUUUUUUUCUUCAGGGAUAUGCAUCUUUCUUCAAGAUGGAACUGAAUGUUAUUUCCGUGCCAAUGGAAUAACAAAACAGCUAUUUUGUGAAACACAAGUGUGCUGUUUCAGAAGUGAUGCCUGCUGUAUCCAGAUAAUUCAGUGCCCUUUUUAAUUUGUCUCUUGAUAGUUCAGGUGUUCUUUCUGGUGGAAGUUGGCCUGCACAGAAAGCAAAGCUUUGUGAGGCUUCAUACAAGAAAAGCAGACCUUUGCCCCUUUAAGUAAAAGGCAGUGCUACUUUCAGUGUGUGUUUGGUACUGUGAUAAACUUGAUUUACUUUCUGAUUCUCCUAGCUGUUUCUAAAGCCAUCUUAAUCCAUUAAUAGUAUUUUUCACUUUUGAGUGUCUAUUUGGAUGCUUUAACUUCAAUACACCAGUCAGAGAAGAAGCAGAUAAAGACUAUUAGUAAAUAUGAUGACUAUUCUACUAAUUAUUGGUGAUGUGUACAUAUCCUUCCCACUUGGACAUAUUCUUUCUCUAGCAGCAGAGUUUAGAAAUUUGCACUUGUAAAAUAAAAGUAUACUCUAACAAAACCUUCCACAAUGUUCACAGAAUUUAGGUUUACUUAAAUGAUGUGCACGCACAAGCCUGUCUAUUACUUGUAAGAUUUUUUUUCCCAAAUUGUGAGGCAGCUUGUUCAGUUUUUUUUAAUUGUUCCACACAUAUGCCAAAAUUAGCCAAAUAGUGAACUGAGAAAAGAACCAAUAUUAAUUAACCUCUUUAUGGCAGUUGUUCCUGUGGCAUUUUCUUAUGAGGUACUGCUGGUUUACUUUUCAGUCCACUAUGAUACACUUCUAAUGACCCAGAUUACCUUAAUUAACCCAGUAUAGCAAUAGAGGAUUGUGCGGUUAUAGGUAACUGCAAUUUACAUAUCUCUAAAGUACCUAAACUCCAGUUGCACAUGCAAUCUGCAGAGUAAAGCAAUCAAAUAUCCAGUUACUGCAGUACUCUAAAGAUCCAGAUAAUGGCAGCCUCAACACUACACUGGUCUGACAGUACAACAUCCUGACCCAGACAUAAUUUGGCUAGAGCACACAUUUUUUAGGUGCUUUGAAGUAGAGGGAAAUACAGCACCUAAAAGCUGAGUUGUAGUAGAAAAUGUCAAAGGCACUUACUUUGUCAUCUCAUCAAACCGAAACCUGUUCAGGUCUGUAAGAUUAUAGUGCAUCCUUGCCUUUUUAACUGAUUAUCCUUUUACAUAAGUUAUUACAUGGAGAAAAGAUACAAGGAUAGCUUUCUGUUGAAGAGUAAAACUGAAAUAUGUCUUUUUUCUAUUAACUGUAGUAAUAGAGAUACCUGUUUCUGGAGCAUCAAGAUGAAAGCUUUAGUACUCUCAAAAGCAGUGUUGUACUGAAUGCUGCACACGGCAUAUCUUUAAUCACCAACAGCUUUUGGUAGUACACUUAAUUUAUACUUGGAGCAACAAGGACAUUUUUUUUAAAGGGAGCAGGAAGAAAGAUAACUCUUCAGCUCUGAAAUAUUAGGAUACUUCUGAGCAAGACUGCCUUAUUGUUUAACCUGUCCUAGAAUCUGUGGGAAGGGCUUCUAGCAGCAAGGUGUUUUGUGACUUAAUGACAGUAUUAUAUACAGGACAACAACCUUGUAGGUAGCCUUACAGCUUUUCUUCAAAGUACGCAAAUGAACAAAUGGCUUCCAAAACUUUGACCGAAAAAGAAAUGGCAGAUGAAAUUCUACAGAUGGGCUAAAGCUCAAAGGAGCCAUGUGAGUACUGGGGAGAGAUUUCUUCAACAUUUCAGUAGCUCCCAUAGCCCUAGAGGGAAGCCAGUACUUGAGCAAAUAGCUCGCCCUUUAGUCAUGAUGGCUGCAACUGUGAAAAUGCUCCAGUUGCCAUGGUCUCCCUAUGCACACGUUUAUGUAAAUUGUGUUGAUUGCCAUAGAGUGAGAUCCUUAGCUGCAAUGAGAUCUAGCAUCCUUAAUUUCCAUGAAAUAAACUAUGAUACAAUUAUUCUUGUUGCAUUGAAAUCGAACUUUCUCUGGAUGACAGCUAGUGACUAUGUUAGAAUAUUCCUACAGUUCAAGAAUCUUUCCUAUCUGAUACCAUGCCUACUGUGGUUAUUAUAAAAGAAUUGCUGUUUACAUCCUUAAAAAUUAGUUUUCAUUAACUUCAUUCAUUAAUGGCUCUGUCUGCUUAUUAUCUACCUAAUGAUGUAAUAGCCAUAGUUCCCUUACCCACAUCUGUACUAAACUAAAAAGACAUUGGGGAAAUAAGCAAACCAACUUAUUUUCCCAUUUUUGAAUUAUGUUCCUCUUUAAAAUGCAAGAUAAGCAAUAACUGUUUCCUCUUGGGUUUUACCAUGCUUAAUCUAUUUAAAUAAUAUCCAUUUGGAAGUGAUAUAGCUUACACAGAGGUUCCAUGGAAAAGCAUUAAAAUAACUCAGGGAUUUCAGGGUGAUGAGUUGAUCUUCUAGGUUAUUUACCUAAAAUACAGUGUCUUUCAAAUCCUCUUCUCUCAAAAUCUUUUAAAUUUUAAAUUAAGGUUAGUACUUAUGUAAAAUUGCUUUCUUUGAGAUGAUAGUGGGGAAAGAAUGCUGCCUUUUAAAAAAUAAAAUUGCCAUGGGGCAUGAAGUCAGCAAGGAUACCUCAUUAGAAAAACUAUUAGUGUAGGUUACUUAAGAAAAAGUGACUACUUGACAUGAACAAAUUGAAAUUAUGAUUCUAAUUGAAAAGCAUUCCCUAAGUGGAUACUGUAAUUAAAAGUUUCCUACAUAAAACAAAAAAGUUGGAUAUUUUGUCCAAGACAACUUAGAAUGAAAAGAACUUGGCUGAGGAGUUGCUGAAAGUUCUCUAUUCUAAUUAGUCCUUUUUUCUGAAAAUUACCAGAUCUUGUGAACAUGAAUGACAGCAUGUGUUCAGAGAACAGAAUUACAUACUGUUUGAUUAACUUUGCAUGGCAUGUAAGUAGCGCUUUCCCUGUAUGUAUACAGAAGUUUGUCCGAAGACAUGCACACAGAGAAGUGACAGUGUUUGAGUGAAGGGUUUACUCAAAUCUUAAAAUCACCAAACCAGGAAUAAAUAUUUAAAAUAAGAGAAGAUAUUUUCCCAGAAAUCUGUGUUGAGACUUCUAGGUUCAGCCUUCCUCUUUGUUGCUACAACAGAUGCACCUUCAUCUGUUACCACUAACAUGAUUGUAUGUGAAAUACUUCACUGUGUGACUAACAUCUCAAGGAAAUACCAUUGGAAGGGGGAGCUUGCCUUUGAGAGAAUGCAUGUGAAUGAGUUGCUUUCCCUGGAGGGGAUGAGAGAAUUGAAGGAAAGUUCAAGCUUUUUCUUGUGCUUUAACAGGACAAAGAAAUGUACAAAAUUCAAUCCAACUAAAGGUAGCCAUCAUUAUUGGCCCAGCUUGGUUUUCUGUGGCACUAAAAAAAUGUGACAAAUAGAAAAAAUGAGUUGUGACUGAUGUCAAGAGGCCGAGCAUGGUAUAAAAAAUAAAUGGUGAUCUCGUGGGAGGUUGAGCAAUUGGUGCCAUGAAUAAGCUGUCACUAGCAGUUGCAUAUGAGGCACUAACACAUCAGUGUCCUGAACUAAGGUCACCGCUGAUGCAACCGACCAGUUCUGAUUACUUCAGUGGCACCAAGGUUGCAGUUCUGAGUGCAUUUGCUUUUGUUACAUGCUCUGCUAUACAGCAAAACUGAAUUCCAGGUGCUUAAGUACAGGAUCAGGCCACAAGUCACAGCAAGCUGUAUCCAAAUCACAGCUUAUGCCCUGUUUAAAACCCACAUGCCCAGGUUACAAGGAUGGAAGGCUACUUCUACUCAUUCUUUAAUAUUCAAAAUGGAGAACCAUAAGCAAAAUAUCCUCAAUUUUUAAAGAAUUAGUAUGAUUUGUAAAAGUUGCAACUUGAAGGCAUUCAGUUGGAAAGGGCUAGAAGGAAGGGUCUUUUUGUCUCAUGUUGGCUUAAGAGUGUAAAAGAGGUUUUGUAAAUUUUGUAUUUAAGAUGAUGCAGUAUAAAGGCUGGAAAAGUGUAAUAUAAUUGUGUAAACAAAUCCUGUUAAUAGAAAGAUGUACAGAUUCAUUUUGUACUAUACCUUGUUGAAUAAAGAUGCCACUUUUGUGAUUGGCCUGUAA